AUGGCGAGAAUUACAGAUUUACCAGAAACCACCUUACAGACCAUAUUCUCUUUGCUAGAAGCAGAAGAAGCAAUCAAAGCAAGCAAGGCUUCCAAAACGUUGUUCAAUGCGUGGCAAACCCGGCCCGAUUUGGUAUUCGAUUAUCAAGCUUUUCAACGAGUUAUCUUCGGUAGAGCAGAUGAACCACCAAGCUGGAAGAAUGUCACUUUGUUGACGAGCUUGAUGGAUUCAAUAUUCUAUCAAAAGCUCCGAGCUCGAAGGGAAAAAUCCUAUCUGGAUAAAAAACAUAUGGAGUUGGUGAUUUCCGUUGCCCGCAACCUGAAAAGGUACCAUCAGGAAAGAAUUCCAAUUCAGUCUUUCAAAUUUCGUUCAAAGCCCUGUCAAGAUUGGAUUCCGUAUGCUCUUUUCAAGGAGGGUAUCGAAAUUGCUAUCGAUAACGGUGCCAAAGUCAUCGACCUUUACUGCCAUCACAUUGAUUUGCCCAAAACAGUUUGGGAGGCAAAGAACCUGGUAGAAUUAAGCUUACGGUGCUUCUACUUGAAAUAUCAGGACGAAAUACGCUGUCAUCGGCUUAAACAACUACGUCUGGAAGAUGUAGUAAUAAAUAGCUUCAUGUUUACAAAUAUAGUGUCUGCCUGCCAGUUGCUUGAGGAUUUAGAAAUGAAAAAUUGUACUGGAAUGAAUUUCGAUGAUAUCAGCGUGUUUCCAAGUCUCAAACACUUGCACCUAAACAAUGCUGACAUAGGAAACAAUAAUUUCCUUGAAGACUUGGAUAAUAACUGUCCAAACCUUAAGGAAUUGGUCCUGUGUGAUUCGCGUGAAAGGGCAACGAUUAAAAUCUCAAGCUCUUCUCUGGAAAACUUACAGCUGAGUUUAGAAAAUCAUGAUGAGAUUCAGGUUCAAGCUCCAAAAUUGAGAGAAUUCGUGUACAAUAGCGACCGCGGCAGUAUACCUGAUCAGCUAUAUAUUAGUGGUGUACUCACAGCUGAAUGGACUUGCACGAUUAACAUUUUGCUAUCUCAAAACCUGGAUAACAACUGCUUCUACAAGUUGAAGAAAAUAAUUACAAAUCUGAGCCGGUCGAAGCUUUCUUUCAACCUGAAAUAUCGUAAGUUUUCUGCCGUCAACUUUGAUAUCAAUAAGGUAGCUGAUCUAGAUCUCGAUGGCCCGAGUAGUAGUAUUCAACAUUUAUCAGUGGAAGGCUGCGGAAAUGAGGAAACUUUGAGUUGUAUGUUGGAUGGGUUUUUCUGGUGUUGUCGUCCAAAAACCCUAAGCCUAAAAUGGGGUGGCCUGAGAAGCAUUCAUGACACGGACCCCUUUUUAGACAGGGUAAUGAACACGCAAUAUCAGGAUCAUGGACAGGUUAUCAGUUCUAAAUUUUGGCAGCAAGAUUUGAAGCGGGUAAAACUUGAGGUUCUCGAUCAUCGAAAGCAGGAAGUUUUUGGUCACUGCCAGGAGGUUUUUCAAAGCUCCCACAUGUUAGACUGGCAGACAUCAGCUUAA